GGUGUUUUUAUUUUAUAGCCAAAAGGGUGCAAUGUUAAUUUUUGUCGUGGAUGUAGGGGAAAUAUUUGACUGUCUUCCAGUCUAUUACACCGUUUGUCUUGCCCCUCUGACUUCUGCUGCGUUUCUGGCAUGGCAGCUUCUAUAUGCUCCACUCUGCAAUUUUUUACUGCUCCUCCCUCUUCUUCGUUCAGCCUUCAGCAUAGGUAGCACCAGCCCAGGAGAAGAAAGAAUUCGAGAAAAACCCAACCCCCAAAGAACCGCUAUCAGUUCUCUGUUAUUUUCGACGAACGCUAAAACAUCACUUCUUGUCAGGAUGUCAGGGGAAGAACGGUUUUUUGUUGCAUGGGAAGAAAAAAUUGUUUGUCAUGAGAAAGGGAAUCGCAUUGUUCAGUACUAUCUAAAAGAUAGUGUUGGAUGUCCACUUCUAGCUAUUGAGGGCAGAGAAAGGAGUUUAAGGCACAUGAUUUACGCAAUAUCUGAAGAGUGUCUAGACUACUAUGAAUGCAGGGAUACCUCUUUUGCUGGAAAAAGGUGGCAUACAAGGCGUGGUGUUGUGGAGUGGCUCACAUCAAUGGUCUCAAGUCUUAACGAGCCAUCACAUAUUCCAAAUUCACAAAUUCCCGAGACAAUGGAUGGUAUUACUAAUCCUGGAAUCCAACAUUUGGUCAAGGAGGAACUUGUUUCCAGAAAAUUAAAAUCAAAAGGUUCAAAUAUAGAAUGGCUAGGUGAGGCUUCGGUCUGUUCCAAGAGGCUCAAUCACUAUCCAGCUAUUUUGAGUAAUGGGAAUAUUAUACCUGAGCAUUCCUUUGUGUUUAUCAUGGCUCAAGAAGAAAGCAGCUACCUUGGUUACUUAGAAGAUCUAUAUGAGGACAACGAGAUGCAGAAAUGGGUAAAGAUCCGCUGGUUUCACCAUCUUCAUGAAGUAAAGUGUGUGAUUCCUCAUGUAAAUACACAUCCCAGAGAAGUUUUUAUCACUCCUCAUCUCCAGGUGAUCCAUGCAGAGUGUGUCGAUGACCUUGCUUCCGUGUUGACUCCUAAUGAUUACCAGAAAUAUGCUUCUUUUCUUCCGGAGAGUUUAUUGUCUGGAGUCCAUGUAUGUUCUAGGCAAUUCAAGAAUAACAUGGCUUUGCCUUUCUGUCUAAGCAAAUUGCAUGGCUACUACACCCAACCUAUUUUCAGCAUGUUACGCUGUAAGCAAAGUGUUCCACAGGAAGCAAUGAAAGACUGUAAAAAGCAUGUAGAAGAACAUUCAGCCAGCAAAGAUCUUUCAGUUCAAACCACUGUGUCAGAAUGCGAGCCAGCUCACCAGAAGUUGAAAAUCAAACUAUCUAUCAAAGGGCAUGCUGCGACUAAACUUGUUGGGAAUGAUCCCAAGUCCUAUGCUUUUUCUUAUUUUAAAGUUGGGGUAAAUAUAGAGUUUCUUUGUCAGGAUAGUUGCAUGAGAGGCUGCUGGUUCAAGUGUAGGGUCAUAAAAGAAAAGCAACAGCGUCUUAAAGUUCAAUACCUUGAUAUUGAUGAUGCUGAUGGAACUGGUAAACUAGAGGAGUGGAUUCAUGCAUCAAGAGUUGCAGCACCUGAUAAGCUUAGCAUGAGAUGUCCUGGACGCCUCACAAUCCGGCCUUGGCCUCUUAGGGGAGCCUUAAAGCGCUCUUUUAAAGUAGGAGAAGCAGUUGACGCAUGGUGGUGUGAUGGCUGGUGGGAAGGUGUUAUAGCUGGAUGUGAUGUUUCAAGAAGGCAUCACUUUCAAGUUUACUUCCCAGGUGAUAAUAGGUCAAUGACAUUCCCAAUGAAGAAUUUGAGGAUUUCAAGAGAUUGGAUUGACAACAAGUGGGUUGAUAUAAAACCAAAGCAUGACAUCUGCUCCUUCAUUUCUGCUGCCACCGCUUCUAGUUCAAUGCCUUCAUUGUGCUCAACCCUGGCUAAGGCUUCUGGGGCUAGUUUGUCACCUGCAGAGACAAACAAUUAGUGAUGCAGUCCUUUAUGUAAGAAGGGGAAAUACCUCUUAAGAGACAACCAAGUUCAUCAGGGAACUAGCAUGGGAGGACAAACCUGUGGUGGUAUCAUUAAGUUGUGAAUACUAAAUUGUCUUAAAAUUUAAAAAAUUUAUGGGACAACAAUAUCUACAGCUUCAAAUAAUCAAUAGGUAGAAAAAAGAGAUCUGGAUCAAACAUGGUGUCAGGCCAUAAAGAAAAUAGAGUUUGUCAGGGUUUUUGUUUGAAAGGAGCCAAUUUCUGCAUUGUUCUGCUUUAAUGGGAACUGACAUCUUUAGACAAACUUUUGCCCUCAUUUUGUAUAAAAGUUUACAUUGCCCUUAAACCUGAAAAGACCAAGAUUUUUUACACCGUUAGUUUACUCGGAUCAGUCGGAUGUCGGAAUAUGACAGUGUCAUGUAGAUAGAAGGGAAAAUGCCAGAAAUAGUCCUGGACUAUUUUAACAGGACCUAAUUUAGUCCUUGACUUUCUAUUUGAUCAUAUUUUAUCCUAGAGUUCCAUGUGUUGUCAAAGCGUAGUCCUUAUUUUGUAUUGGUCUGGUCUGUGGUCUCCCCUCCUCCGUUAACUAAGAGGAUAUUACAAUCAAUUACCAUCCAAAUCCUAUGCAAAUACAGCGUCUAACAUGAAACAAACAAUCUCUUCUGUAUUUAAACUAGCACUCUUCAGUCAAGUUUUAUGAUAUCUACAGUCAAUUUCCAUGGUUACAUUUGUUAGUUGUUGUUUUUGAGUGUAAGAUGUUUAGAUUCCUAAACCAGAGUAACCAGUAGGGGCAAAGUAUUUCAUUUGUUGUCUCCUUUUUCGCUUUUUUGUUGUUGUUCGAAUUUGUAUGAAUGGCAUUAUGGC